UUUGUAACUUCUUCCACCAAAAGUUUGCGCGACCACUUUGCUCUGCUUCUUUGGUUGAAACAAAUAUCAACGCCCACGCUUUUGUACGUCUUUUGUACGUACGCCUCAUCAACUCCAAGCCAGUGCACACGGCGUUCAAAAGCUCGACCAUUCCGACGCUUCAUACGACUCUGCGGGAGACCGGCUUUUCGGAACGUGGAUAAAUUCGUGGAAAUAUCUCACUUUUUGGUCACUGACAGCAGUUUUGUUGGAUCGUCUCUGUUAAUUGAGGAUACCAUCUAGGCUGAGGAGUGCCUAAGUUUAUUUACAGAAGUUUGGAAUUGUAUUUUUCACUCGACUGCACCAUCCUGCGCCAUGAAGCCUUGGGCUCGACUCCUGUGAUAGGCGCACCAAUGAGGAUUGUGUGAUGAAUAAGGAUUAGGCGCUCAUCAAUAAUUGCUUGACACACACAGGAGACGUGGUGGGUGUGAAGACGAAAAUCCAGCCAAGAUGUACGUCCCGGAAGGUGGCAGGGUGGAAGGAGGCGAACAAGAAGUCAUUCACCAAGUCGUCACCUUACUCACCUCAACGGCCUCUCUGGUAGUCCUAGUCCUAGCCACUUUUUUCUGUGGAAUGUGUUACUGCUUCGGGGGGUCCAAGCCGGACUACGACGAUGACGAGGGGACCACGGGCUUCAGGAACUCGGACCAGGAGCAGAAAUGGCCGAUCUUAAAUCGUUCGGCCUCGUUAGGAGAGAGGGGGGCGAAGAACGGUGGGAGGACCCAGUCACCGGUGUUCGUACACCAAUCAAGUUUAAGACCCCGUUCAGAGAGCGACGAAUCGGUCGCCGCGAACAAUGACGAAUCCAUCGCGACCGGCUAUGGUACGAUGGGGGACUCGUCGAUCGCGACAAGGACGACGGCGGAAGCUCACGUAGAGGUAGCGGAUAGUUUCGCACAGACGAGCUUUGAGUUUGAGAGUAGAAGCCAAGUAGGUGACAAAUCUGCCACCUUGCCACCAGAACUGAGCAAUAAACGCUCGGAGACUCCGAAGAAGUCGGUGAUGUUUCGGUCCCAAUCCGUGGACCCGUCCUUAAUUCCGUUGCAAAGUUUUGCCCACGAAGUUGGGUCUAUGUACGCCGAGCCGGUCCAACCGGCCACGAAACCCGGGAUCCUUCACACCGUUCAUUCCGAACCAGCAAUGUCUCUGCAAUCAGAGUAUGUACAUAUUGUGAUAUUCAAGUUAAUAAUGUGUGAUGUUUUACGUGCUAUUUUUUGCAGGGAAAUGAUUUUGAGUGUGAAAGAUGUAGUUACAAUGUGGUGUGUGUUUGAUAAUUGAGUGACAUUGCCUUACUUGUAUUAACAUGAUGGGAACUACUUUAAAAAAAAAAUUCUUCAUAACGUUCAUUCCGAACCAACAGUGUCUCUGCCAAUCGAGUAUGUACAUAUUUUGUUAAGUUUAACGUGUGAGGUUUUAUGUAUGAAUCUUGCGCAAAAUUAUUUUAAGUGUGAAAGGGGUUGUCACAAUGUGGUGUGUGUUUGAUUAAUUGACUAACAUUGCCUUAGUUGUAACACAAUAGGAACUCCUUUUGAAGAAAAAAUCGACCUAAGGCAAUUUCAAAACCCUUGUGAAACACCAAUUGAAAUGUGCUAACGUGACAAUGAUAUAUUGCUUAAUCUAAAAAUGAUUUCUAUGGGACGUGCAAUAGGGUAUCGGAAUUGGCCUUGGGAUUUUUUUUGAAAGAUAAUUGUGAUCGUGUUUCAUGUGGGGCAACGCGGGAAAUUAAUUAUUUAGAAACUUGGGGUAAGGAGCCAAGUGAGUUAUUAGCUUGUAAAGGUCACAGUGAGAUCUAGGAAAGAACAAUACUUCGGAAUGAAAUUUGAUUGCUAAAUUGUCAUUUUGCUGCAUAACAAUGAAAUCUGUUUUGUGCGAGGUAGGUUGACGUUACGUCCAUGUUUUCAACACAUUUUGAGUAAAACAGUGUCAGUUUGAAAUUUUGAAUCGUGCAAGGUCAUUUGAAAUGUUUGCAGAGCUAGCCAUGCAAUUAAUGCAACUGAUGCAACGCUCCGUGUAAAUUAAGACACACGCUGUUACCAGAAGUAGACAUAUUUAACAAAUUUGUGAAUUAGAAUGGAGACAAGGCUGAAAUCACAGGUUUCAUUUAAUUGCAGGAAAUCAUAAUUACUCUUCAGGCCUACCGAAACAGGUCAUGUUUUCAAGAGGAAGUUCCUUUGU